AUGACUCCAAGAGCGAGCCACCACCCACAUCCAAACGGCGAGCAAAGACAAUGGCCACCGGCUGCGGCGGAAGCGGCACCGACAGCGGCAGCGGCAGCACAUUCGUCUUCUUACAACGGGUACCGACAGUACCACCCGACAACGCCGGCUCGUUCGUCGUCGUCAGCGUCGUUCAAAGGGUGCUGUUGUUGUCUCUUCCUUCUAUUCUCGUUCCUGGCGCUGUUGGUGCUAGCGGUGGUGCUGGUGAUAAUCCUGGCGGUGAAGCCCAAGAAGCCUCAGUUCGAUCUGGAGCAGGUGGGGGUGCAGUACAUGGGCAUCACAUCCAAUCCCCCCUCCACGGCCUCCCUCUCCCUCACUAUUCGCCUCCUCUUCUCCGCCACCAACCCCAACAAGGUCGGUAUCCGGUACGGCCAAUCCAGCUUCACCGUCAUGUACCGCGGCAUCCCCCUCGGCAAAGCCACCGUUCCCGGCUUCUUCCAACAACCCCACAGCACCCGCCAGGUCAUCGCCACCAUCGCCGUCGAUCGUGUCAAUCUCCUCCAGGCCGACGCCGCCGACUUGAUCCGCGACGCCUCCCUCAACGACCGCGUCGACCUCCGCGUCUUGGGCGACGUCGCCGCCAAGAUCCGCGUCAUGAACUUCGAUUCCCCUGGCGUUCAGGUUUCGGUGGAUUGUGCAAUUGUGAUCAGUCCAAGAAAGCAAUCUCUGUCUUACAAGCAGUGUGGAUUCGAUGGAUUGACUGUUUGA